CUGGCUUAUUGUACCUUCCCGUUCGCCUGAAUUUUGCCGCAAAGGAAACUGAACCGAUACCAUUUUGAAACGUGUAUCCACGGAGCGGUAGAAGCGACAACGAUGUAGUCGUUUGAUGGUUCUUCUCAUUCACAGCUGUAUCUUGAUUUAGUGCGUGUGUGUUUGGUUAUGGUUAGCAUUAUUUUCUGUUUUCAUCGCCGCACCCACCAUACUAAUUUUUAUUGUGGGCUAGCUAGCUAACGUUUGCUGGGAGCUAACGCUGAUGUUUGGAGCAGGGGAGCAGGUGUAGCGUUAUUUGAAUAGAGAGUAGCCAGCUACGAGAAAGCUUCGCGGCUGUCUUAAAUUGCUAAGAAGAUUAUUUGAAAGCAUAUCUGCGGAUAUUGUUCGUGCUAACGCUCUCACAGAUUUAUGCCACAUCUUCACCAUCCUUGUAACGCACGGUAACGGUAGUCAUCAUGACAGGUGAAAAGAUACGCACCAUGCGAAAGGACCACAACAAACCAAACAAAAAUGACGAGAUAAUGGACACGUACGAUGAAACCUCAAAUGGGACUAUCCCUAACGGCACCACUAACCAUUUCAAAUCAAACAAGGCUUUUCAGAAAUCAGUCAAAACCUCGGUACUGCAGCAGCAACAGCAGCUCAAUGCAAACAACAUUAACGGCAAUUCAUCGUGUAUUGGCACUAUUGUCAACGAUAAUAACAAGAACCCAAUAAUCCUGACAAGUGAGGACUUAGAGUACCCUGUUCAUGAGUGCGUCUUCAAGGGAGAUGUGCGUCGGCUCUCCUCUCUCAUCAGGACCCACAGCAUCUCUCAGAAAGAUGUACACGGAAACACACCUCUGCACCUGGCUGUGAUGCUGGGCCACAAAGAAUGUGCCCUCCUGCUGCUGGCUCAUAAUGCUCCCGUAAAGAUAAAGAAUGCACAGGGAUGGAGUCCUCUAGCAGAAGCCAUCAGCUACGGCGACAGGCAGAUGAUCACAGCAAUACUGCGGAAGUUAAAGCAGCAGUCCAGGGAGAGCGUGGAGGAUAAGAGGCCAAAAUUACUGAAAGCUCUCAGGGAGCUUGGAGACUUUUAUCUGGAGCUGCAUUGGGACUUCCAGAGCUGGGUGCCUUUGUUGUCCCGGAUGCUUCCGUCUGAUGCUUGUAAAAUCUACAAGCAGGGAAUUAAUAUCAGACUUGACACCACUCUCAUAGACUUCACUGACAUGAAGUGUCAGCGCGGAGAUCUUAGCUUCAUUUUCAACGGCGAUGCUACACCCUCCCAGUCCUUUGUGGUUCUGGACAAUGAAGCAAAAGUGUACCAAAGAAUACACCACGAGGAGUCAGAAAUGGAGACCGAAGAAGAGGUGGACAUUCUGAUGAGCAGUGACGUCUACUCUGCAACUCUGUCCACCAAGUCCAUCACUUUCUCUCGUAGUCAGAUUGGCUGGCUGUUCAGAGAGGAUAAAACGGAGAGGGUUGGAAACUUCCUGGCUGACUUCUAUUCAGUGAACGGUCUGGUGCUCGAGUCACGGAAGCGACGAGAACACCUAAGUGAGGAGGACAUCUUGAGGAACAAAGCCAUCAUGGAGAGCUUGAGCAAAGGAGGCAGCAUCAGCGAACAAAAUUUCGAGCCUGCGAGAAGGCAGUCCCUCACAGCUCCUGCGCCCAACACCAUUUCUUGGGAAGAGUACAUCACUGCAGAGCACGGAAAGCCACCUCAUCUCGGGCGAGAGCUUGUGUGUAAGGAAAGCAAGAAGAACUUCAAAGCUACUGUAGCCAUGAGCCAGGAUUUCCCUCUAGGCAUCGAGUCGUUACUAAACGUGUUAGAGGUCAUAGCCCCGUUCAAGCACUUCAACAAACUGCGAGAGUUUGUUCAGAUGAAACUUCCGCCCGGGUUUCCAGUCAAGCUCGACAUCCCCGUCUUCCCCACCAUCACAGCAACUGUCACAUUUCAGGAAUUCCGCUACGACGAAUUUGAAGAGUCUAUUUUCUUCAUCCCCGACGAGUACAAAGAAGAUCCCAGUCGCUUCCCCGACCUCUGACCUGUAAACACGUCUGACACAAACAGGAAACGGCGGGCGAGCCGAUAUGUUUGGGAGGUGGGAAACAAAGAUGAGAAAUCCUGUAUUGUUUAUUUCCACACAUAUAUUAUCUGUUUAAAAAGGGGGGAACUGGUCUUAUUGAUCAGUUAUCGUUCAUUUUCUUGAUGGAUCCAAAGCAAAUCAAUGCAAACAGUUGUUACAUCUCAUUUGCGGAUGCUUAUCGGCAGUCUUUUUUUUUGUAUGUGUGUUUGUGUGUGUGUAUGAAAUGAGUGAACGCUUUCACCGUACUCGCUGUUCACCUCCUGAGCAGCUAAAUCUGCUGCUCUGUGCUGCUCUUCUCUCCUGUGAAAGCUGUCAGUAGACACAGUCUGGGCUUUUCACCAUCACUAUUUUAAUAUCUGCCCCUCACCCAAGGACUGACACCUGAAUUCUCAUUCCUGAAGCUGCACUGACACCCUCAUCUGUAAAUAUUUCACAUCUCAUCUGUAAUUCAUAGCAAAAAGGAAUCACAAAUAUAGCUAUAUCCUCAAACUGAGCUUAAUAUCCAUUUAUAAAUGAUGUACUAUAUAUAAAUAUAUAUACUCAAAGGAGUAACACUGUGUAGCAAUACAUUUCCAGUACUUAAGAAUGUUUUUAACCAGCUGGGAGAAGGUUUAGCAUAAAAACGCAUUCUAAACAGUUCGAUAUCCAAGCCUUUUCCCCUGUGCAGGACGCAAUCUCCUGCAUUUUCAGGUUCGCUCAUGUUACCUCUCAGCUGUCUCCAUGUUCGUCGUGAUCGUAUGGAUUCUGUGCUCCGUGUGAGUGAAUAAUUGUACUGUACCAAGGGUUGUUGUGUGUACGUUUGUGUGUGGGAGAACCCAGAUGGGAUAUCAGGUAAACUGUUCUUAGUUUAAAAAUGCACUGAUAUUAAGUAUAUUUAAGGCAUGCUAUGGCUGUGUUGGCCUACUGGAUCACAUGCAUCUUUAAGAUAUAUUCUCUGAGCGUUUGUUUCGUUACCUGCAGACUUGUCGGUAUUAAGAUCGAGCAAAAACUGAAAAUUGUAACACUAACACUUUGAAACACCUUUUAGUGCUCAUAAAAUCUCUCCUUUGUGGUAGUCUGCGCAUAUUUUUCCUCUUUUUUUUUUUUCUUUUUCUUUUUUUUUUUUUAAUCCAAGGAGAGUAAACUAAGCUGUGAAGUUGAUAUUGCUGGAUAUCCCAAAACUGUCCAGAUGGGAAAUAUUCUGAUCCAUUGAGUUGUCUGAGUUGGCUUCAGCUAGUAUGUACUGCAACCAUACCUACUUCACAUCCCUUUAAAUAAAGCACCAGCAUCAUGUUUCAACUGACUUUGUGCAAGUAUAAUAA